AUGUCCCGCAUGCAACGGAUCCUGCAUCGGCUUCUACCAAAUCCGACCUCAGACACGACGCAGAACGUCUACAAGGUCGAAAGGCCGGCGGUACCGCCAUCGGAUAUCCGACUGAGACGGGACUCGACACAACCAAUCGCGUCUUCGAAUCACCCCGUAAGUCCCGCGCCCACCACCCGAGUCCUGCGGAGAGGAUCCAACCCGACCAAUCGUGAUGACGCAGAAACCUCGGUGGCCGCCCUUGUUGUGUUCUUGGGUCUGGAUGAGACUCUGUGCUGA